AUGCCCACUACCAAUCCACCUCCUGUGUCUGCACCCACUCCGUCCACCCAGAUCAAUGUUCCCCUCUACCUGGGUCAAUGGGGACCCACUGCCGUGCUCAAUCCUGCACCUGUAUACACUCUGCCUAAAGAACUAUUUGCGACAAAUGAGGAUGGAUCACCGUCAACAAAUUGUGUGUAUGCAGAGCUGAGUUCUGGUUGGAUUUGGAAUGAGGAACAGCGCAAACUAGAAGAAAAGGGGUUAAGCGAUUCAACCAUACUGGCAAUUGUCAAAGGAAAAGACAAUGAGAAAUCCAAUGAGAAAGGUAUGAAAGAAUUUGAGUAUCAAUUCAUGUUGAACAUGAUGGAUCCAAAGAAACAGAAUGAAACCGUCUACUUUCCAGACUCGAAGUCCCAAUCACCAGAAGAGGUUCUCAAUGGAAUUCUCAUUAGGAUGAAGGUGGACCUCUCCAUGCACCAGAUUGGAUAUCGUUUAUCCGAUGAGAAGGAAUCCAUCUUCACUCAGAUCCGCAAUGUGGAUGAUUUCACUCACGCUAUUCAUGUGUGUGAUAUUCAAUCUCGUGCAUACAAAUCAAAGAAACUACGAAUUGUUAAUAAGGAUGCCAUCAAAAAAGAGCUUCAACCUAUGGCAAUCAAGAAGCGCUGUAGAGCCAAAACCCCAUCUGUCGACAACACUUCAUCCAUGCAUCAAGUAAUUUAUGAUGAACUUCACAAGAGACUCUUCUGCCAUGGUUGUGGGCGAUGCUGUUACCACCAUCCUGAUGCUAAUUUCCACCAUUUGCAUGUCACAAAUGAGGCCCUUGCCCUUUGGGCAAAAGCAUUGGGCAGGAAGAACGGAGUACCUGAAGAGUAA